UUUUUUUUUCUUUUUCUUUUUCUUUUUUUAUAUUUCGAAAAGAAGUAAGGUUAACAGAGAAAGAAGAUUUGUUCAAAUAAAUAUUGCCACUUUUUUGAGUCGAAUCUCUUUUUUUUUUCAUUUGUUUUAUUUUUGUUAUACGUAUAUAUAAAUUCCUAGGUAGAAACUAUAUGGCUCGAAGGAUUAUAUUGAACUUUUUUUAUGUAGAUGUCGUUUCGAGAUUCACAAAAAGAAGAGCAAUGGCCGAAUAUUGACUUGUUAGGCAUAAACGACAAAUCAAGCGAUGAUAUGACUAAUAAGCAUUUACCGACUUUGCUUGUCAAAUUUGAUCCACUCCAGCAGGAAUCUGAAGAAAGACAAACAAAGCCAACGCGCUUACCAACUCCGCGUAGAAUAGCAACAAAUCAUAGCACAACUACUGAUACAACCAUCCAGAUGGGUCCCACACCUCCUUCUUCGCCUGGCAGGCGAGCAAGGCACUCUUCAAUUGCACGCCUUGUUAAACCAACCGUGGUUGGUAAAGCCAAUCGAGAAUUGGCUGAUUUUGAUCCAUGCAUGACAUCCAUACGUGAAUCAACAAAUGAGAAGACGCUUAAAAAAGCAGCCAAGGCUUCAGAUUCGAUGAAACAAGAUAUACCAGUUUUGAAACAGAGCAGCAAUACGACUACUCGUAUUCCUCUGCCAGUCACCUCACCCACGCAUCAUACCAAUAAGCAUAUAUUAUCACUUAAUAAUGAAACGCCAGCAGAAACAAUCACCCGGGCAGAUCAGGUGUCGAAAUUAAGGCAGCCUGAAGUCAUUGUACCUAAAUCAAUUAAAAGAAUACCUUCUCAACCAAAGCAUACAAAGCGAAGACCUUCAUUUCCUACCAAUGACAUUUUACAAGAGCAGUUGGAGAAGGAGCGUGAAAACUCAAGACGUUUAAGUGCUAAUCUAGUAUCUGCACAAGGGCUCAUUAGUCAACCAGAGGACAAAACAGGGUCUUCCCCACCUGGUAUUUCACGGACGAGCUCCCAUGAUUCUCGAAUGGAAAAAAUUCAUGACCGUCUUCAGUGUUUGGUGGAGCAUGAAGAGCACGAUACUACAGAAUACAAAAAAGAGACUGACGUUUUUGAAGCCAUGAGCCCAAAGACUGCCUUGAGUCGUUAUCGACCAUUUCUUUCACCAUAUGAAAGGUUGGAAAUCAUGCGCUACCCUGCAAUCUAUUGCGUAGGAUCGCACGCCAAAAAAAUAUGGGCCACAACAGAUCAGACUUCAUUAAACUAUGGAUUUGACGAUGAAAAAGGAGACUAUCGAGUUGUGAUGAAGGAUCAUUUGAAUUAUCGUUAUGAAAUCAUGGAGAGCCUGGGUAAAGGGUCGUUUGGUCAAGUGGUAAAAUGCCGUGAUCACAAGCAUUCAGGGGACGAAGCCAUAAAUGACCAUAACUAUGUCGCAAUCAAAAUUAUUCGAAAUAAGAAACGUUUUCAUGCUCAAGCCUUGACAGAGGUGAAAAUUCUGGAGCAGCUAAUCAAAUGGGAUCCCAAACAUAAACACUACAAUGUUAAAAUGUUGGACAGCUUUUACUUCAGAGAUCAUCUAUGCAUUGUGUUUGAAUGUUUGAGCUUGAACUUAUACGAGGUUCUCCAACAAAACUCAUACCAAGGUUUCAGUAUGGGACUUGUAAAAAGAUUUGCAUAUCAAAUUCUACAAGCACUGAAGCUCCUUUCUGAACAUAAUGUGAUUCAUUGCGACUUGAAACCAGAAAAUAUAUUGUUGAAGCAACCAGAUCGAAGUGGCAUUCGGAUUAUUGAUUAUGGCAGUUCUUGUCUUGUAAAUGAAAAAGUAUAUACUUAUAUACAAAGCCGAUUCUAUCGUGCACCAGAAGUAAUUCUUGGUAUGGAUUACGGAUUGCCUAUUGAUAUGUGGAGUACAGGUUGCAUUUUGGCUGAAUUAUACACAGGCCGGCCUUUGUUUCCAGGAGAAAACGAGCCUGACCAGCUAGCAUGCAUCAUGCAACUUAUCGGUGUUCCUGAUAAAGAGUAUUUAGAAAGAUGCUCAAGAAAAAAGCAGUUUUUUGGUAAAUACCUCUAAUGUUGUAAAAUGUCUAAUAUGUUAUAGAUAUGUACAAUCAACCUCGUAAAUCUAUUAAUUCAAAAGGAAAGAAAAGAAGACCUAAUUCGCUGACAUUCACAGAAGCCCUUAAACGAUCUACAUAUGACAAUCUUGAUAAAGAUUUUAGUGAUUUUAUUAGCCGGUGCUUGACAUGGGAGCCUGAAAAGAGAAUCAAGCCUGCUGAAGCACUGAAUCACCCAUGGAUUCAAAAUAUGAAAAAAUAAUUAUCUGUAUUAUACUCUUCUUAUUCCCUUACCACUAUAUAAUAAAAGCAUUCUAACUUGAAGUAUACUCUGAUUGUUCUACUAUCACUAGGAUAUACGGCAAGAGAGCCAAGUUUCAUAAGCAGUUCAAAUCAAGAGCUAUCAGCAUAGGUAUGGCACCAUUCGUUAUCUACUCUAGGG